AUGACCAAGCUCCGCGCAAAAAUCAUGCUACGAGGCCUGAGCGAGAGGUGGCUUGGUACCCCUGCAAACGACGAGCUCAAGCCUCGCGACGAUGGAUUCCAGACAGCGAAGGGCAUCGACGCGCUCUUCCCUCGAACGAGACCUGAGAUAGACGGCGACGAUUGCCUCCGCGACUGCGCGAGCUGCAGCAUCUCCUACCCGAAGAAGUUCAGCAUCGAGGAGGACGACAAGCUUUAUGGCGGAAUCAAUGGCUGGAAUAGACAUCUCCUGGUUGCUACGGGCAAGACCGACUGGGUACGGGCUGUCGAAGAUGAGAAGGGCAGUGUAAUGGAGGCGAUUGGGAAGCACAUCAGUGACGUCGACGGGAAGCUCAUGCUCAGCGCGACCAACAUGCCAACCCCAGAACACGGCGAUCCAUACGGCGAAGACAAACCUACCACAGUCCUGCUCAUGCCCUCCUUCACAUUCGUCGAUAAUGUAACACCAAAGCACGUACCCGAGCUCAUACGAAGCGUCAUCAACACCGCACCUACCAACACAACCCCUCUACCACAGCACUCGCUCACCAACGGCGUAACAAACGGCAAUGGCUCAGUAUCGGAUCCUGCAUCGAUCGAGAAAGUCCCAAUGCCAUCCAUACCGAAAGACCUCCCAGCCGGCCUGUCACUGCGGACUUGCCCACACAAAUACAUCAUCCUCAUCUGCUCGCAAGCCACCCGCGAUGCCCGCUGCGGUCAAUCCGCACCCCUCCUGAAGAAAGAGCUCGAACGUCAACUACGGCCACUGGGUCUAUACCGCGAUCUGGACGAUACCAGGCCUGGCGGCGUGGGUCUAUACUUCAUUUCGCAUACAGGAGGCCACAAGUACAGCGCGAACAUGAUGGUGUACCGCAAAGCAGAGCGAAGCCGAACAGUGCAGGAGCAGAUCAACGGUGGCGCUGAGGAGAAGAUCAUGGGUGGGGACGUAGAAGGCGAGGCGGCGCAGUGCAUCUGGCUGGCGAGAAUCCGACCUGAGGACUGCGAGAAUGUCGUUCGCUAUACAGUAUUGCAAGGCAAGGUCGUGAAGCCAGAGCGCCAGCUACGAGGAGGGUUCGACCGUGAGAGGGGAGUCGUGAGUUGGUAG